AUGACAAGUUGGUUUGCCUCAGGCCGUCCGGCCCUUUUUGAUGCCAUUAACAGCGCCUGCGAGUUGAUUGAUCAGCACAUUGCUUCAGAUCUUGAAGCAACCAAACAAGAGCUCGACAAGGCUCUACAGCAGCGGGAUGACAACGCGUCUCGUAUAUCUGAAUUAGCGAAUGAAAAUGCCAGAUUAAAGGAACAAUUGCGGCAGCAAGCAUCUUCCAAGCCUGCUGGAAACAACAAGCAGACUCAGACCUCGUCUACUAGCAACCCCUCGGAAAAUUCAGACGAGCCAGACUGGAAGCUUGAGUGUGCCAAAGUUAGCCAAAAGUUUAAGGCACUGUCGGCAAACUUCAAACAAGCAAAGGAUGCUUUGCGGAAAAGGAAGGAAGAAAGAGAUCGAUGGGUCGAGCACGCCACGAUGUUGGAGGAGAAGGUCAAAACGGCGGAGAAAGAACGCGGUAUCAAUGUUACAGAACGCCAGAACAGAAACACCCGAGCAACAACACUUCCCGCCGGAAGAACAGCAGAAGAAGCUGCGUCUAGUCCCCACACGAGCUUCACUUCUGAAGCUGGUCUAGACCAAGCCGACUUGGACCUCCCUCCCUUGGCUGCUGCUUCUCUUCAUGAGAACAAUCAGCCACUUCCAGAUACGAAGGCUGCUCACCCCAGCUCGGACGCGACACAGAGUGAUGCGGAGUCAAGGCACGAUAACAACGAACUGCCAAAGUUGCCGCCCCAGAAUUAUGUCAAGAAUUAUGUCAAAAUCAAGGAAGAGCCGUCAUCCGAUCCAAUCAUCAUAUCCGAAAGAGAGGUGCGGAAAAGGAAGCGCGACAAUGAGGAUUGUAAAGAGAUGCCUCUGCAAAGGAUAAAGAUAGAGGCAGAUGACCGCUCUUCGAGUCCACUAGAGCCCUUGGGACCCGCUACUAUUGUUCCGAACGAAAGUAUAGACUUAGGGGAUGUAGCACAACGACUAUUGACACCACGAAAGCGCCGGGAACUGGAAGAGUCGCAAAGGCAAGAGAAGAUCAAAAGCGAAGCUUUUGUAACAGCAACGACAACACCUCGAACCCUCUUCGUCAGGCCAGAUCCUCCACAAAUAGCUCGUCCAAUUGAGCGAACUUCUGCACUCACGCCGAUGAGCGUGAAUCGCAGAGUGGUUCGGCCAGGUAAAGAAAACCCCAUCACACCCCUCAGAAAGGGGCUGGAACGUGGUAUCUCAACCUUGGCCGAAGACGGGGAAGCCUACAGGAAGAAAAAUGACACGGAUGCAGCCCCUAGGGGGAAGCUGGAUGCGUUGUUGAAUGGUUCUGCUGCUCAAGAUGCCACGCCUACUGGUCGACUGACUCCCCGAUCGGCUGUGAGGCCAAACACCAUAGCUGAUGAUCUUGCGAUUCCAGGACGACGAGUGCUUCCAUUUGAGGCGGCAGGUCGAGCUAAAGACAGGCCUGCCGUUCAACAGAUGCUGACGCCCAACCGAACACCAACCAUAGUUGCUACAUCUAAGGUUACGCCGCAAAACGCAAGAUCUCCGCUGGCCCCUAAGCAAGGGGCGCAAUCAGGGCUGCGGCACAAACCACUUUCUCAACUACGUCCGGACGAUUUCAAGAUCAACCCUCAGGCCAACUUUGGGCAUGACUUUGCAUUUACUGACGUUGUUCGCGAUCGAGACGAGAGAUCUCGCAUGCAAGGAUGCAUCGACAUGCACUGCUGCGGAAAGGAGUAUCGGGAACUCGCCAAGUCUCACCGUCCUAAAUCUCCCCUCUCAGCUGCCGAACGGCAAGAAGAGCAGAAGUUGUUGGAAGAGUACUUGGGCGAUUUUGCAUACAAACUAGGAACCAUGGAUAAGAAGGAACGCGAAGAGUUGUGGGUUGAAGCCAAGAUGCGCGAGCUUUCCAACAAGUACAAUAGCCACCGCUACCACUACGCAAGAAUGCGAAGCCCGCCAGGAUUUUGGAACGCAGAUUUUCCAGAUACGCAAGAGCUAGAGCGGGAGAGAUCAGAGGCUGCUCAGAGAGAGAAGCAGACUGUUCGGGAUAGGCAUCGGGAGGCAAUGCGACCAGGUGGCAGAUGGUUAUUUCGCGAUGAGUAA